UGGGGGCCUCCCGCGGGCCGGCCUGCCCGGUGGGCCGCGGCCUGCGGGGUGAGCGGGGCCGGCCCCCGAGGAGGCGGCCGGGUGUGUGCUCUCGGGGAACGCCCGGCGCGGGCUGGCGCCGGCGGGAGCGCACCGGGGCCGCGGAUGACUCUCCCGAGAGCGCUGUGUGUCCUCGUGGAGAGCGCAGAGUGGCGGGGAGGUGGCAGCACGCGAAAGCGUCGUCUCAGCGCCUGUCUCCAUUUUGUCGUCAGAACAACUGGGAGGGUAGAACCAUACAGACUUUUGACUGGUGUUGAGUACAUUGUUGGAAGGAAAAACUGUGGCAUUCUAAUUGAAGAUGAUCAGUCAAUCAGUCGAAAUCAUGCUGUGUUAACUGCUAACUUUUCUGUAACCAACCUGAGUCAAAGAGAUGAAAUCCCUAUAUUGACGAUAAAAGAUAAUUCUAAGUAUGGUACCUUUGUUAAUGAGGUAAAAAUGCAGAAUGGCCUUUCCCAAACUUUGAAGACAGGGGAUAGAGUCACUUUUGGAGUGUUUGAAAGUAAAUUCAGAGUAGAGUAUGAGCCUUUGGUUGCAUGCUCUUCUUGUUUAGAUGUCUCUGGGAAAAAUGCUUUAAAUCAAGCCGUAUUGCAACUUGGAGGACUUACUGUAAAUAAUUGGACAGAAGAAUGCACUCACCUUGUCAUGAUGUCAGUUAAAGUUACCAUUAAAACAAUAUGUGCACUCAUUUGUGGGCGUCCGAUUGUAAAGCCAGAAUAUUUUACUGAAUUUCUUAAAGCAGUUCAGUCCAAGAAACAGCCUCCACAAAUUGAAAGUUUUUACCCUCCUAUUGAUGAACCAGCUAUUGGAAGUAAAAAUAUUGAUCUGUCAGGACGACAGGAAAGAAAACAAAUCUUCAAAGGGAAAACAUUUGUAUUUCUAAAUGCCAAACAGCAUAAAAAAUUAAGUUCAGCAGUUAUUUUUGGAGGGGGAGAGGCUAGGUUGAUAACAGAAGAAAAUGAAGAAGAAGAUAGUUUCUUUUCAGCUCCUGGAAAUUGUGUUAUUGAUGUAGGAAUAACGAAUUCACAGACCUUAAUUCCUGACUCUCAGAAAAAAUGGAUUCAUUCAAUUAUGGGUAUGCUCCAAAGGCAGGGUCUCAGACCUAUUCCCGAAGCAGAAAUUGGAUUGGCAGUUAUUUUCAUGACUACAGAGAAUUAUUGUGAUCCUCGGGACCAGCCCAGUACAGGAUUGACGACAACGACUCCGGGGCCAAGCCUUUCCCAAGGCUUGUCAGUCAAUGAAAAACUAAUGCCAAGCGCCCCAGUGAAUACUACAACAUAUGUAGCUGACACAGAAUCAGAGCAAGCAGAUACAUGUAUGGAUUUGAGUGAAAGGCCAAAAGAAAUCAAAAUGUCCAGAAUGGAACAAAAACUCAGAAUGCCUUCACAAGAAACAUCCACUGCGAAGGAACCCCCCAAAAUCAGCUCUAAUUAUAGUAAUAUAGUAUCCGAUACUCUUGUUAGGAUGAAAAUCCUAAACUAUCAGCUUUCACCAACUAAAUUCCCAAGUGUAAAUAAAAGUGGAGAUUGGGCUUCUCAGCAGCAGCAGACCAACUCCAUCAAAAACUACUUUCAGCCAUCUACCAAAAAACGGGAAAGGGAUGAAGAAAAUCAAGAAAUUUCUUCAUCUAAGUCAGCAAGAACAGAAAUGUCUUGUUCUCCUUUAGAACAAACACAACCUGCUACAUCCUCAAUGUGGAAAAAUAAGGAGCAGCAUCUAUCUCAGAAUGAGCCUGUGGGGACAAAAACAGAUAACUUAUUUACAAAUACAGAUUUAAAAUCCACUGUGAAAAAUUCGACCAAUAAAUCUCUUUCUACAGAAAAACUAAGAUCAGAAAAAAUAAAAGAAAUUGAUGAUUUAGCCAUAGAAAAUGAAAUACUGGAACAGUUAUUUCAGAACACAAAACCAGAGUUGGAAGUCAAAGUGAACACUCAGAAACAAGAGGAAGCCGUCAACCUUAGAAAAAGGCCAAGAUUGGAUUUAGAAACAGAUGGCACUUUUUAUGAUGAAGCAGUAUCAGAAAGUAACAAAAUACCUAUUUCCAGGCUGUACUACUAUAUCAGCCGUUUGGCCGGAUGGUAAGUAUAGGGGAUACCUUAAUAGAGUAAAGAGGCGCAGAAAGAUAAAAAAAAAAGUUAAUAAAGCAAAGUAUCUACUAAGUAAUUUUUUAGGACAAAACAUCUGUAACAUCACUAGAAAUUUUUAUUUUCAUUUUGAUCUUUAAUGUCCUAUUUUCUUAGAAUGUUUAUAAUUCAUCUUACCCACUUUGGUCUAAUAAAACUCUUCACAUAAUUUCCUAUUUUAUGGAUCAGUAAGUUGCCUACUCUCUGUAGACUAGUUAGCUCUUUAGGUGAGAACACGGACCUCAUGAAAUCAAAAUUUAAUAUUCUAAUCUCCCACAUAGGUCCGUUAGCUCCACUCUCAUUCAUGGCUAUGGUUCUCCCCUCCUAUAAAGAGCCACUGGAUAAGGACAGGACCAAGGAGAAAGAUAAGAAUUAAGUGAUUGGGAGGAACAAUGAUUAAGCAUUUGUUGAGAACCUAGUGUGUAUCAAGCAUUAUGUAAAUUUAUAACUACUGUUGGGAAAACAAAGUAUAUGUCCUAGUUAGCCUAUAUAUUGGCAUCUUCAUGUCAGGGAGAGAAUCCUCAUUAUUUGUUCUU